AAUACGGUAAGCGCGAAACCCGGAGGAAGCUCUGUGCCUGGAAGGGACCCGCCGCCAUCUCAGGUCUCGGCCUCGCCGGGUCCACUAGAGAGAGCUGACGCCCAGUCCUAUAAUCCUUAUGGGGGACCAACCUUGUGCCUCCGGGAGAUCCACGCUCCCACCUGGAAAUACCCGGGAAACCAGGCCUCCAAAAAAGCGCUGCCUCCUAGCUCCACGGUGGGAUUAUCCAGAAGGAACCCCCAACGGAGGUAGUAACCCUCUUCCCUCCGCACCUUCUCCUGCAUCACCGGGCCUGAAAUCGCACCCUCCUCCUCCGGAGAAGUAGUAGAAUAUACUUAUCCCACCCCAAACCAGUCUUUGAGGGAUUGCAGAAUGACUCCAUUUCCUUGGUGCAUUCAUAAAAUGGUUCAUCUAGUGAAGACAAUGAAGAUUAUUGACACCGCUGCCCUGCUUUUUCUGAUGUCCUGCACCAGGCUUACAGCACUGAUGGGCAGGAUGAAAAUGGUGGCGCCCUGAUGUCUAGCCUUGGAGCUGAAUGUUCAAGCCCCCCACUCUUCAGUGAGCCUUCAAAGAAGAGCAGUCAACCACUCUUCUGAUGUCUCCAGUUUCCAUCAGAACCCUGUGUUCACCCCAUCUGUGUCCAAGUUUUUUCAUGUCAGGUACAUGACUGAGUUCCAAAACUGCAAAUUUUAGGGACUCCUGUGUUGUGGACCUGUCUUGUUGCUCUGGUGGAGGGUCUUGCUGCACUUUUGCUGUUUGCUGGCCAAUCCAGGAACAUAAUCUCACGACCACUCUGCAGUUCAUAGUUUAUAGCAAAACAGAGCAGAAAGCCUGUACAAAGACUGGCUAAGCAGGAUUCCCCUCUCCUAUGUCUGGGAACAGUGCAGCACGUUGGUGCCACCUGGUCUUCUUAUGACCCAGGGGAUCCUUAGACCACAUUGUUUCUCCUGGGGUUCUGACCUACUUUCCCACCUGAGCACCUUUAAGCCAGGGUCAUUCCCCCAUGGUAGCGGACUUUAGAGGUUCAGAUUUUGCACUCUGCUCCUUAUAGUACUUUGCCGUGGCCUCUGUAAGCAGGGCUCCCUCCCUGCCAUGGUAUCCACAGCUGUAUCUCCCCCAAGUCCACUCUCUGCAACUCUUAAUCUUCCAAAUGUAGUCACUUUUCUACUCAUAGACUUGCAAUUUUUGUUUCAUCAGAUUGAUGUUGUUGGUGUUCAUAAUGAUUUGAUAAGUAUCUAGCUGUAUUUGAGGGAGGGCACAACCUUAGAGUCCCCCUACUGCUCCACCAUCUUAACUCCUCCCUCCAAAAUCCACUGGUUUUAAUAUCCAUUGGUAAAUCUUGACUGAAACAGUUAUUAGUAUGAUGGUUGCAAUAUGGUAAUUUUGAAAUUCCAUCAUUUUUGCUACAGAUAUAAAUUUGUAUUCUACUUCUACUUCUGUCUACUUUUUUACAUUAUUUUGGACUUGUUCAUUUUUCCUUUAUUUCAUGCAUACCUUAUUGCUAUCAUUAUUUAUUUUAAUGCUCAAAUUAUCUCAGAUUUAACCAGUGGCAAUCCAUUCAAGCUGGCUUCUCUGUCCAUUUGAUCUGCUCCCAUCAUUCUGAUACUUUGACAUCAACAUUUUCUUAGUUCCUUACUUUUAGGCUUGUCUUUUAUUCCCUGCCUUAUUGACUCUUUCUAUGUGGAGCUGUGAUUCUUUUAAGUGGGGUGCAGUAUUUAGAAACCAAGACAUGGGUACAUGGAUAUUUUUUAGUUUCAAAUUUUGUUAUUCUUCUCAUUUAAUUUUACUUAGUACAGAUAACAUGGUUUAUAUGAUACUGUUUAUUUAAUAUUUGAGAUUUGCCUUAUAUUCUAGAAAACAUGAUCAAUUUAUAAGUGUUUCAUAUGUGCCUGAAAAGAUUUUGUAUAUUCUACCUGUUGAAUGUGGAGUUCUAUAAGUUCCAUUAAAUUCAUUGUAUUGUUUAUCUGUCUUCUAUAUCCCUAUUAAUUUUGUUUAUUUCCUAGAUCUAUCAGUUGCUGAAAGAGGUAAAUUUAAAAUCCCCCUCUUUGAUGGUGGAUUUGUCAAAUUAUUAUAGUUCUAUAAUUUUUGCUUUGUAUAUUUGACACUUUGUUAUUAUGUCCAUACAAGUCUAAAAUACAUGCAUCUAUUAUCAUUUGAGUGACCCAUUUUAC